AUUUAUGCGUAUAAAAGUGUAGGCGUGCGGUUAAAGCUUUGUAGUAUAGUAUAUAUUAUCUGUGUAAUGAUAAAAGGCUUGUCCAGGUAAAUCUAUACGCGACAUCAUGGAGACACAAGAAGAUACGAUAUAUAUUCAGGGUAUGCCCAAGAAUGUCACAGCAGAUGAGAUCAAUAAAUUCUUCAGUCAAAUCGGUGUCAUCAAGUGGGAUAAAGGCAAGCGUGAGCCGAAAAUCUGGAUGUACACAGACAAGGAGACAGGCGAAGGAAAGGGAGAAUGUACUGUAACUUACGAUGACCCACCAACGGCACCUAUGGCGAUUGAGUGGUUUAACGGCAAGAAAUUUGCCGAUACAGAUUUGAUUCUGACCGUUGCGCUUGCAAAGAGGAAAGCCUGGGACGGUGGGGGUCGUGGUGGAGGUGGUCGUGGUGGCCGUGGGGGGGGCCGGGGCGGUGGUGGUGGUGGGCGUGGUGGCCCCGGCGGUGAGGACUGGAACUGUCCUGAUUGUGGUAACGUGAACUUUGCCAAACGCUUCAAAUGCAAUAAGUGUGGCAUUCCCAAACCUGGAGGUGGAGGUGGUUUCGGGGGCGGGGGUGGUGGCGGCGGCCGGUUUGCAGACGAUUGGAUGUGCCCGAAUUCAGGGUGUGGAAACAGUAACUUCGCCAAGCGAACAGAAUGCAACAAAUGUGGCACACCGAAACCCGGAGGUGGGGGUGGAGGUGGCUACGGCAGGGGCGGCGGUAGCAGAGGCGGUGGUGGUCGAGGAGGCGGCUACGACAGGGGUAGUGGGGGCAACUCCGGGAACAACGACCGUGGAAGCGGUGGAAACUCUGGCUACUAUGACAGAGGCAGCGGCGGUAAUUCCGGAUAUGGUGGUGGUGGUGGUGGUGGUGGUGGUGGUUAUGGUGGCAGAGAUAGAGAUCGGGAGGAUAGGCGAUCAGACCGCCGAGACCGACCGUACUGAGUGGGACAUGUUGGACGUACACACACACACAUACACGCACCCCUCUGGCACGGUUCAUAUGGUAGGAGUUUUAAACGGCACCCCGGAGUUGGACAGGAGGAAUAGGGUGACUCGGAUUUGGAUUAAAUAGUUACUCGUGGUGUUGUGAGAAUGACGCGCUUCUCGUUUAUUAUAUUUGAUGGUUGACGGUUUUCAUAAGCUGUGGUUAAAGUCAUUCUUCAACACUUAUCUUUAUCGCAUUUUAGAUCUAAUGACUAUGGCCGUGUAUUUUUUAUAGACCUUGAAAACCCAUUGAAUUCCAGCAUAUGGUAGACGUUAAUGUAGAUCAUUUCGAUCCUGCGUAUAAAAAGUUUUCGGAUUUGAUUAAUAUAGAUGUAC